AUGGCAGAAGCCAGAAUUUCAGUGGAUCGGGAUGAGUUCACAUGUCCAUUGUGUAUGAAGGAUUCUGAACUAAUCCUAAUCCUAAUUUCCUGUGGACACCGUUUCUGUAAGAGCUGUAUUACAGGCCACUGGGAUCAGGAGGAUCAGAAGAAAGUCUACAGCUGCCCUCGGUGCAUACAGACCUUCAGUCCAAGACCUGCUUUAGCUAAAAACACCAUGCUGGAUGAAGUGGUGGAGAAACUGAAGAAGACUGAACUUCCUGCUGACUGUGACGCUGGAGCUGGAGAUGUGCAGUGUGAUGUCUGUCCUGGAAGAAAAUACAAAGCCGUCAAGUCCUGUCUUGUGUGUCUGAACUCUUACUGUCAGAAUCACCUUGAACAACAUGAAAGUUUGUUUAAAGGGAAGGGACACAGAGUGACUGAUGCCACUGGACGACUGCAGGAGAUGAUCUGUCGGAAACAUGAGAAGCUCCUUGAGCUUUUCUGUCGCACUGACCAGAAAUGCAUAUGUGUGCUGUGUUUGGAUGAACAUAAAAACCAUGACACUGUAUCGGCUGCGGAACAGAGGAUAGAGAAACAGCACCAGUUGCAGAGGGAGUUCCAGCAGAUAAUCCAGCAGAGAGAGAAAGUUCUUCAGCAGCUGAGAGAAGCUGUGGAGUUUCAUAAGCGCUCUGCACAGUCAGCAGUGGAGGACAGUGAGAAGAUCAUUACUGAGCUCAUUCGCUCCAUUGAGAGAAGAUGCUCUGAGGUGACACAGUGGAUCAGAGAUCAGGACAAGACUGAAGUGAGUCAAGCUGAAGAAAAACUAGAGCAACUGGAGCAGGAGAUCAAUGAUCUGAGGAGGAGAGACGCUGAGCUGGACCAGCUUUCACACACACAGGAUCACAUCCAGUUCCUGCAG